AUGGUAACGAGUGUAGGAGGAAGAACGGCAUCGAGGAGAAGCUUGUCAAUGACAAGCUUAUCCUCCCAUCCGAAAAAGAAAACAACAGUCAGUAAUGCUGGGGGACUCCCUGUGUCUCCUCAUCGGAAAUCUCUAUUCUCUUCUCGUUCCAUGGGUUUGACUGGAGAGAGGACAGUGAAGAGACUCCGGCUUUCUAAAGCUCUAAUGGUACCUGAUUCUACAAGUAUUUAUGAUGCUUGCCGCAAGAUGGCUGCUCACAGAGUUGAUGCUUUAUUGUUGACUGACUCGAAUGCAUUACUAUGUGGUAUAUUGACGGAUAAGGAUAUAACAACCAGAGUUAUUGCAAGUGAAGUCAAUAUUCAGGAAACACCCGUUUCAAAGGUUAUGACAAAACAUCCCAUUUUUGUGCUUUCAGACACACUUGCUGUAGAAGCAUUGCAGAAAAUGGUGCUAGGAAAAUUUAGACAUUUGCCAGUUGUAGAAAAUGGUGAGGUCAUUGCUUUGCUUGAUAUAGCAAAAUGUCUUUAUGAUGCUAUUGCUCGCCUUGAAAGGGCAGCAGAGAAAGGAAAGGCAAUUGUAGCUGCUGUUGAGGGAGUUGAAAAAAACUGGGGAGCAUCUGCUUCUGGUUCUGAUUCAUUUAUUGAAACCCUUCGGGAGAGAAUGUUUCGGCCUUCACUCUCUACAAUCAUUUCUGAGAAUCCAAAAACUGUUACAGUUGAACCAAACGAUACUGUUUUAGACGCAGCAAAAAAGAUGUUUGAAUCUCAAACAAGCUCGGCUAUUGUGGCUGUUGAUAAGAAACCACAAGGAAUUUUAACUUCAAAGGACAUACUGAUGCGAGUCAUAGCACAAGAUCUUUCACCAGAGUCCAUUCUUGUUGAGAGGGUAAUGACUCCCAAUCCUGAAUGUGCUACAACAGAUACAUCUAUUGUUGAUGCUUUACAUACAAUGCAUGACGGGAAAUUUUUACACCUACCUGUAAUUGAUAAAGAUGGAAUUGUAGUUGCUGUGGUUGAUGUGCUUCAUAUCACUCAUGCAGCUGUAGCCACGGUGGGAAAUACUUCUGGAGUGAAUAAUGAAGUUGCAAAUACUAGGAUGCAAAAGUUUUGGGAUUCAGCUAUGGAAUUGUCUCCAGAUGAUGAGGAAGAGACACGAAGCAUUUCUUCCUUGAAACUGGCUUCUGAAGGGGCAGAAUUGAGAAGAUGUAUUUCUUAUCCUUCGUCAAGCCUGCCUAAUACUUUUUCAUUCAAGAUUCAAGACAGAACAGGAAGGAUGCACAGAUUCAACUGCAACAUCGGGAGCAUGAGAGAUCUGAUAACAGCAAUUAUUCAAAGAGUGGGGGAUGACAUAAAGCGGAAGAACCUUCCUCAAAUUCUGUAUGAAGAUGAAGACCAUGACAAGGUUGUUCUAGCAACAGAAAGUGAUCUCACAGCUGCAGUUGACCAUGCAAGAUGUGCAGGUUGGAAGGGAUUAAGAUUGCACUUAGACUAUUCAGGAAAGAAUGGGCGUAGGAAGGGUUCAAGCUCCAACAGUUUGGAUACACAAUCUGCAUGGGCUUCAGCUUACAGUGCCGUAGUAGCUGGUGCUGCAUUAGUUGCAGGUUUAGGCGUAAUAGCAUUCCUAAGGAGAUCUACUAACUAA